UCCCUCCCCUCUCCGCCGGGCCCGCGCGCCCGCAGGGAACAAAGGGGACUAGUCGGGGCCGCCGGGCUCGCUGGGUCCUAAGGACCGGUCACUGCCCUGCCUGCACGCCGCGCCUGCGCACCACCGCCCUCGCGGGACUGUGGCACGGAGCCCCUCCUUCCUCUCGCUCGUGUCUGGGGUCGGAGAAGAAACCCCACCAGCAUCACACCGCCGCAUCCUCGAGAACACAGAAAUAGCUUUUCUCCCACAAAGCACCCAAUCAAAGACACCCCCCGAAUGGUCGAGAAGCGGAAAAAUGGCUGCUCGUUGCCCGUAGUUAGCAUGGUGCCUGGUGGGCUUCAAAUCCACACCGGGGGCUAAGCGGACGAGAUGCAGCCUGGUCUUUUCUCCCACUGUCUCUGUAUCUCAGUCGGCGCCCUUCAGCUUCGCUCAGUUCUCCUGAUUCAACUCGACAUCCUACCCAGGGGAGUCCGAAGCCGAGAGAGGGGAAUCACGUAUGCCCUCAUCUACGUUAGCAACGGCGGCGGCUAGCUUCGCCACGCAGGGGCAGAGAGCCGCGCGCGGGAGAGAGCCCCCACUCUCCACCGCUCCUGGCCACCAUGGAUGACGCCCCGCUGCCAGUGCCCCAGGUCCCCGCCCCGGCCCCGACCCCGGCCCCUGCGGCCGCCGCCCCCCGGGUCCCGUUUCACUGCAGUGAGUGUGGCAAGAGCUUCCGCUACCGCUCGGACCUGCGGCGCCACUUCGCCCGGCACACGGCGCUCAAGCCCCACGCGUGUCCGCGCUGCGGCAAGGGCUUCAAGCACAGCUUCAACCUGGCCAACCACCUGCGCUCGCACACCGGGGAGCGCCCGUACCGCUGCUCCGCCUGCCCCAAGGGCUUCCGCGACUCCACCGGCCUGCUACACCACCAGGUCGUCCACACUGGUGAAAAGCCCUAUUGCUGCCUGGUCUGCGAGCUCCGCUUCUCCUCACGCUCCAGCCUGGGCCGCCACCUCAAGCGCCAGCACCGCGGGGUGCUCCCGCCCCCCCUGCAGCCCGCCCCAGGCAUGCCCCCCUUGAGCGCGCCCUGCUCCGUCUGCUGCAACGUGGGACCCUGCGCCGUGUGCGGGGGCACCGGGGCCAGCGGUGGCGAGGGCCCGGAGGGAGCAGGUGCUGGCGCUGGCGGCUGGGGGUUGGCAGAAGCGGCGGCCGCGGCCGCGGCUUCGCUGCCCCCGUUCGCGUGCGGCGCCUGCGCCCGGCGCUUCGACCAGGGCCGUGAGCUGGCGGCCCACUGGGCCGCGCACACCGACGUGAAGCCCUUCAAGUGCCCGCGCUGCGAGCGUGACUUCAAUGCGCCCGCGCUGCUGGAGCGGCACAAGCUGACGCACGACCUGCAGGGGUCGGGUGCGCCCCCGGCGCAGGCCUGGGCUGCGGUCGGGCCUGAGGCGGCCGCCGAGGGUAGCACCGCAGAGGCGGGCGACGCGCCCUCUGCUUGGGACGGCGGGCUGCUCCUGGGCCCCGAGGGGGGCGGCGUGCCGGAGCUGGGGGCGCUGCUUCCCGAGGGCGGCGGGGAGGCCCCGGCGCCGGCGGCCGCGGCCGAGCCGUCGGAAGACACCCUGUACCAGUGCGACUGCGGGACCUUCUUCGCGUCGGCCGCGGCGCUCGCCAGCCACCUGGAGGCGCACUCGGGCCCGGCUGCCUACGGCUGCGGGCACUGCGGUGCGCUGUACGCUGCCCUGGCGGCCCUGGAGGAGCACCGGCGGGCCAGCCACGGCGAGGGCGGCGGUGCCGAGGCGGCGGCGGCGGCGGCGGCGGCCCCCGAGGGCGAGUCCGCGUCCGGCUCGGGCCGCGGCAAGAAGAUCUUCGGCUGCUCCGAGUGCGAGAAGCUGUUCCGCUCGCCGCGCGACCUGGAGCGGCACGUGCUGGUGCACACGGGCGAGAAGCCGUUCCCGUGCCUCGAGUGCGGCAAGUUCUUCCGCCACGAGUGCUACCUCAAGCGCCACCGGCUGCUGCACGGCUCCGAGCGGCCCUUCCCCUGCCACAUCUGCGGCAAGGGCUUCAUCACGCUCAGCAAUCUCUCGCGGCACCUGAAGCUGCACCGUGGCAUGGACUGAGAUGGCCGGGCCUGCCCCUCGGCCCGCCCACCACAGCCCCCGGACCCGACGCGGGGCCCGGGCAAGGGGACUGCGGAACCGUGAGGCCCCCACACUCCAAAUCCAGACCCAGGCCCCGAGAGGAAGGGGCCUUGGCUGGAGAGAUAGGGCCGCCAAACUCCGGCCCCUGAGCUAGGGACCUGGAAAUACUGGGGGACUGCAAAUAAACCAAGAGAAUCCUCAGCUUGAGGGGGUCUGAGAACAUAAGAAUUGGGGUCCCCCAAAUCCAAGGAGACACACUUGAGCUUGAGACCCCUGGAAUAUGAGCAGGACACCCCCAAAUCAGCAGGCGCCUAAUCUGUGGAGUCCUUAGGAAUGAGAAAUUGUUCUCUAUAGGUAACCCCCAUCUUGAGGGCCCUGAUGAUAAAAGACGGGCACACUCCCCAAGGGAAGACAGCCCCACUCUCAGACCGCCAUCAUUCCCAACGACCUUGAUCUGGAGGAUGUGGGGGGUUAUGCCCCCAAAUUUCCCAGGAUCUCCUCCAAGAGCUACCCACCAGUCACUGAGAUGGUGCCCCCAGAAAAUGUUGCAGCCGGAAUCUGCCUUCCCCCAUUUCAAUUCCUAUGCUGAAAGAGGACCAGGGCAGAUGCUCCCCCCCACCAUUAAGUCUCCCUCCCUACUGUGGAAUGGAUGGACCCAAACGAUCUUCCCCAUCCUCAAACACUAGAAUAGACUGGUCCGAAAUCCCCCUGCCCAGUAGAAUGGACUGAUCCAGAAACACGCACCCCUGUCCACUCGGAAUGGACCGGUCCAGGCCUUGGCCUGUGCCCCACCCUCCUUAGAGUGAGUGACAGACACUCCUCCCCUUCCUGUAGAAUGUGGACCGGACCAGCCCUUCCCAACCCAGGAACUCAUCCCAGCCGGAGGUGGUGGGCUUCGGGGUUUCCUCCCAGGCCCUGGCACCUAUCAGUCUUUUUCUCCAUCUCUUUGUCAGUUUGUCUGUCUCUGUGUUCCUCCCAACCUCAAGGGGAAGGGGGGCUUGGCUAAGAGGCUCCCCCCUUGAGUUUCGACCUCGCCUCCUCAACCCACACCCCAAUGUCUCCAGGACCCCAAUAAACCUACUCCUGUCAG